AUGGGUGAAACCGUUAGCACACUCACGAAUUUGGGAAAACGAACAGUGACCGGAAUCUGUGAGUGCGUCGGCUUCUCUGCGCCGGCUUUGGGAGGUGGCCACGGUUGGCUCCAGGGUCAGUACGGACUCAUGGCAGAUCAAGUGAUCUCGGCCCGCCUCCUGCUUUCAAAUGGCGAAGUCGUCACCAUGUCGGAGAAAUCCAACCCAGACUUAUUCUGGGCCAUCAUGGGGGCGCAGGACAUAAUUUCGCUCUCGUGA